GGGGGGGGACGACGUCUGACAUUCCAGAAAUAUUCGAGAGCAAGGGAAAAAUACCACCCCUCUCCACUCUCACGAUAGACCCGGCUGGGUUGCCUUCGCGCGGGGGGAGGGUUUGGUGCGCUCACUUUCCAGGAUGCAGUGGCAGGGAUAAAACAGACUUGUGGCGCAACCAGUCCAUUUCGCUUGGAGACUUAGAUGGAGUCAUCGAAUAAUUGCCGCAUGGCUCAUGCCGACAUCAACGCGAGCGGAGUCCAGGUUUUCUUGGCUUUAGGGAAUUCUGCUGCAGAUGGCUGGCGUGGAGAAAACGUAGUCUAAUAUUUCCUAAUCGGGACAAAUGUUGCUCUUGAUAGAGUCAUGUGACUUGGAUCGCACAUUUUUUGCACUGCUUGGUCAAGAUGACUAAUCUGAAGAGCUCGCCUGAAGCGACUUGACCAAUGAAAAGUCAGAGAACGGUUGGUGGGGCAACUUUCUCGGGAAAACUCUUCUCCCGCGCUCAACGACCUCACUCAUCGUCCCCAACAGCAAUGUUAGCUAGACGGACCCGGACCAAGCCAACCUGGGCUACUCCGUACGCAGCAUCGUCAGGCAACGUUUUAUUCUUGGCAGAUAAUCUGAGGAUUAUUCGAUUUUUCAUACGGAUACGGAGUACUUCCAUCCUAUUUCUUGCAGAUUCGUGGACGUGAUCAUGGCGGAUUCUGCUGACCGCAAUCACUCCCAUUCUUCCAACCCUUCCAAAGGCCACCACCAACCCGAUGAAGAAAACACCUUUAUCGCACUUCGCCGCUAUGCUGAUGAGCAUUUCUCUGCAUUACUACAAUCGUUGAUAGGACUUCCUUCCGCAUUUUCCCCUCCCUCACCAAGGGAUUGGAUGUACAUCCAGGGAGGCGAUCCCGCAGUCAGAUUCCAUCACCAUAGGCUCCGCGCAACAGAAACUGGGGCUGGUACUCAAGACUCCCAGUCGAGCGGCUCACGACACAGCUCUGAAAAGUGCACCUGUGGGCGUGAUGGUGGUACGACUACCUACACUGAUGGGAAUGACCCAUCUGAUGUACCGUGGUUAGAAAGUCGACGACAUUUUGAGCAUCAAUUUCCGUCGUCUAUAUUUGAUUCGCCGCUAGAGAACCUGUGGCCUCUUGACCCGUUGCACUUCUUCUCAAUUCUACCCCGUUCCAGCUUUCCAUUUUCCUUCGAUUUCCUAUCCUCCUCGACCUUCCAGGGUUGGCCCAUCUCGUACCUUCUCUUUUCUCCGUACUCCCCACUCCACCUCGAACGCCAGAAAAAUAUGCGGCACAAGCCAUACGAGAAACCCCUCUCUUCGCUAUUCUCCGCAUUAAUACCUUCUCAUGAGGCUCACGAGUCUGACACCCCGCGUUGGCGAGAAGCUUUCGAAGACCUAUUGCGCAUAGAAAAUGGCAAAGAUAUGUUAAAUAGUGACUUGGGGGCGGUCGUCAGAAAAGAAAAGCCAAAAGAUUGGAUAUCCGGUAUGAUCGGCAGAGGUAGCCUUGGUCCCCAUUGGACUCAUGUCCAGAAGGGUCCAAACGAUUAUUUCAACUACAGAUACAGCCAGCCCACCGAUGGAGCAGGAAAAGGGAAGAUGUCUCGGCCUGGGUCCUCCCACGAAUAUGAUGAUCGGGAACACUCUAUGCAGGGCGACAAGUGGCUCACGGAACUCGAUCUGUACGAGAAAUUUCUGGACCGCGUGAAUGAACCAUCAGACGAGGAGGAUAUUCCCUUAGUAAGCCCACUGAUGGGAAUGAUAAUUGAAGACCGACUCAGAAGACGGGAACGGCUAUUGGAAGGACAAAGGCGAUGGCAGCAUACAGUCGAGAAUAAAGACUUCGACUUCCAACGUGAUGGCUCGGACGUAAAUUCCAACGAUACAGCCUCCAUUCAAGCCUCACAGCCUUCUCCACCGUCUCCAUACAUUACUUCCACCAUCACCACCACCGAGCGAAGGACUCUGCCGGACGGCUCGGUGCAGACUACCAUUACUCGAAAGAAGCGGUUCUCUGAUGGAAAAGAAGAAAGCAAUGAAACCGUUCAGGUGGAAAACGCCAACCAUCCACCAUCAGGAAGUGAGACCAGCCAGGCACAGCUGCAGAGCGCCGAGCAGACUAACGAUCGUGGCUCCCAGAGGAAGGGUGGCUGGUUCUGGAAAGAUUAAACCAUCUCCACUUUUCUCCACCUCUUUGCUUACUCGAGUUCUCGGGAUUCGACCCCACGCCCACCUGCAUGCAGUUAUCACAUUAUUGCUCUCCCGUCUCCCUCUCCAUUCUUUUUCUUUUUGACUCUUAGCGUUAAUCAAUGUCGGGCGUUUGCACUCAUUUUAAGGCUGGAACUUAAUAUUAUUCACGACGUAUUUUGGGUUUCCUUUGUUAUUCACUGUUGCAAUUUCUCUUACUCUGUAUUUUAUGACAAUCUAAUCUGACACCCUGGUAUGAAUUUUCGUGAAGAAAUAAGGAUCAAACAAAACACAAUGUGAGAUAUAUACUGCGUACAUCUGAAUAAAUUCAAAACAUAUUGUGACACUAUGAAGUAAAUUAAGACAGAAGGCAGUUAUCUCUCCUUCCCGUUUGUAUUUGUUACCCCUUUCCCCACCCUCUGCAUUUGAUCAAGCUUAGUGAGAAGCCAUACGAACAUACGACGCCAUCGUGUCAGGCCCCUUAGGCAGAACUUUGCAAAACUUGGUAGUUUAAACGUUCAUGAGGCGUCUCCUGCUGCGCCCUCUGCAGCUUAUCAGGCGCUACUAGAAUAAAAAUAUCCAGUAGCCCUGGAUUCC